AGUGGGAAGAAUGUUCUUUACAUUACUGGUCAGUGGGAAGAAUGAUCCUUGUAUUGGGGAUCAGUGGCAAGAAAGCUCAUUACAUUGGGGGUCAGUGGGAAGAAUGCUCCUUACAUUGGAGGCUAGUGGGAAGAAUGCUCCUUACAUUGGAGGCUAGUGGGAAGAAUGCUCCUUACAUUGGAGGUUAGUGGGAAGAAUGCUCCUUACAUUGGGGGUUAGUGGGAAGAAUUAUCCUUACAUUGGAGAUUAGUGGGAAGUAGAAAGAAUGCUCCUUACAUUGGAGGUUAGUGGGAAGAAUACUCCUUACAUUGGGGGUCAGUGGGAAGAGUGCUCCUUACAUUGGGG